GCAAUGCAACUUGUGCUGAAGUCCGACGUCAGUAACGUCCAGAACAGCCGCGGAAACCCACCUCCAGUCACGGAGGCAUGCACGAAGUCAACAGCAGAGCAAGCGGCACCGAAAGCAAACUGCUUUGAAGUUUCAAAACAUCUGUUCCCUGUCACCGUGAAGGCCAAGAUGGAAUCGACUAAUCGGAUCCUUACGUUGAAUGGUGCAAGUAACGCGGAACUAACAGUCACCUUCAAGCCCAAGAGCAGCGGAGGCAGCACAGGCGGCUCAGACAGCUCAACCACCUCUGCAGCGGCAUGGCUUGCAGACUCCGCAGCCCUUAUUCUGGCCAACUUGGCCAUGAUGUACCUCUUACCUUAG